UCUUCGGUACGCGAUAUGCUCAGCUGGACUGCGGAACCCAUUAGCCGACCCAUGUUGGCAUUGUCACGCGACAAAGCAGACAAGAAAACUGCCAUCGAACUCUUCAAAUUGGUGCAAAUUUACAUGGGCGAUCGAAAGGCACGCGCUGGCAUGAGUCUCAAUUCGGUGGCGAUCGAUAUAAUAGUGGCAGCGCUGCCACAGCAACAACUACGCGAUGAAUUGUAUGUACAGCUAUGCCGUCAGACUACAGAGAAUCCGAAGCGUGAUUCGCUUAUACGCGGCUGGGAGUUAAUGGCUAUUUGUUUGUCUUUUGUACCGCCAUCGCCCACUUUUCAACCGACAUUGUUGAAUUACAUGAAUCGCCAUCGUGAUCCCUCCUUCGCCACAUCAUUCCCGGAGGUGGGCAAAUGGCCCAUACACGUACAGAUCUCACAUUAUGCAACUGUUUGUUGUCGACGACUGGAUCGCAUUGGUAGUCAUGGUCGUCGGCAGGCAAAGAAGCCCACAGAAGAUGAAGUUGAGCAGGCGAGGAAUCAAAUACUACGUGUCAGUAUGUUUGGCAACACAAUCGCUGAGGUUAUGGACUUGCAAAAGGAUAAGUUCCCAUUCCGCAAACUGCCAUGGAUACAAACAACCUUGUCGGAGCAUGUUCUGAUAUUGAAUGGAAAACAAACUGAGGGAAUUUUCCGCGUCUCCGCCGAUGUGGAUGAAGUUAACUGCUUGAAAAGUCGUAUAGAUCGGUGGGAAGUUCCUGAUUAUAAAAAUAGCAUGGUGGAUGCACAUGCCCCUGCUAGUCUGUUGAAGCUGUGGUAUCGUGAAUUAUAUGAUCCUCUCAUACCGGACCAAUUCUAUGAGGAAUGUGUCAAUACAGAGGACCCUGUUAAAGCCAAAGAAAUUGUUGAUAAGCUGCCUGAUUUAAAUAAGUUGGUUUUAACCUACCUGGUGCACUUUUUGCAACAAUUCUCCCACGCCGAUGUGGUGAGCUGUACCAAAAUGGACUCAUCCAAUUUGGCGAUGGUAUUCGCACCAAAUUGUUUGCGCUGCACCUCGGAUGAUCCGAAAGUGAUAUUGGAAAAUGCACGCAAAGAGAUGGCAUUUAUGCGCACACUCAUACAACACAUGGAUACAGCGCAUGUGGCGAAUCUCACUUGAGAAUGUGAAGAGGAGGACUGAAUGUAGAAUAUAAAAUAAUAAUAAAAUAAAUAAAGUUAAAAUAUGUAAGUCAACAAUUAUAAGCCGAGAAAGGGAAAUAGAAGUAGUGCAAAAGAAAAGAUGAGAAACACCAAAAAUAAUGCGAUUGCAAGAGGUUUUUAUUUUAUUUUUUCUAUUUUUUGUUUUGUUUUUUUGUAAGCAGCAAUGCAUUACAAAGUUUGUAUGUAAUUAGUAAUGUAAAAUGAAAUACUCAUUUGGCAAGGAACACUGCAGCAUUUUGAAUUUUGAAUAUAAAAUAAUAAAACAGCAAAUCAAAGUUAUACAGUUAUAAAAGUAUGAAUUCAUAUAUAUAUGUAUUUUACAAAUAUAUACAUAUGUCAUAUAUGGUAUACUUACAAACAUUUAUAAAUAUUAACUAGCAAAGCGUUGAAAUUGAAAAGUAGGUCACAAACACACAAUACUCAUAUGUACAUGUGUACAUGCAUUAUUACAUAUAUAUACUAUAUAUAUAUAUAUAAACC